AUGUCGCGGGAAGACAGAGGUGGAGAAGAGGUAUAUAAGUUUAUAGGUACAGCAGUCUAUUUACAUUCCGUUCUACCUUAUCGUUAUCCUGAAAUAAUGGCGAAAGCAGCGACUGCUCCACCGAAAGCACCUGGAAAAAUUCCACCACUUUUUUUUAAGGAUAAGGAAAAGCCAGAUAGUGUGCGAAGUAGUAAUAUCACUGCAGCAAAAGCUGUCGCUGAUGCAAUUAGAACAAGUCUGGGACCUAAAGGGAUGGAUAAAAUGAUUGAAACGGGAAAGGGUGAAGUAACAAUCACAAACGACGGCGCAACGAUUUUAAAACAAAUGAGCGUCAUACAUCCUGCAGCUAAAAUGGUGAAACUUUUGUUGUUGGUUGAACUAUCGAAGGCUCAGGAUAUCGAAGCUGGCGAUGGAACUACAACAGUAGUUGUUAUUGCUGGUGCACUACUUGAUGGCGCGGAGAAAUUGUUAAACAAAGGAAUUCAUCCGACAACGAUUUCGGAGAGUUUUCAGCGUGCUUCAGUUCAGGCUGAAAGGAUCUUGGAAUCCAUGGCUUCACCAGUCGAUCUCGAAAACGAUAACCAACUGGCAAAAAUUGCCACAACUAGUUUAAAUUCUAAAGUUGUAUCCCAAUACUCAUGGUUGCUUGCACCGAUGGCAGUGAAUGCAGUUAAAAAAAUUAUCAAUGCGGAGGAUAAUAACGUUGAUUUGCGGAUGAUUAAAAUCGUGAAGAAGGUAGGCGAAACUGUUGAAGAGUCUCGUUUGGUAGAUGGCGCACUUAUUGAUCAGCGUUCCAUGGGACGUGGUGGUCCAACUCGUGUUGAAAAAGCUCAGAUUGGACUAAUUCAGUUUCAGCUGAGUCCUCCAAAAACUGAUAUGGAAAAUCAAGUGAUCUUAUCCGAUUACACUCAAAUGGAUCGAGCUUUAAAGGAAGAACGAACUUACUUGCUCGACUUAUGCAAGCAAAUCAAGAAGGCAGGAUGUAAUGUCUUACUUAUACAGAAAAGCAUUCUCAGAGAUGCGGUAAAUGAGAUGUCUUUACAUUUUUUGGCGAAAAUGAAGAUCAUGGUGGUAAAAGAUAUUGAAAGAGAAGAUAUCGAGUUUUAUUCUCGCAUUCUCGGUUGUCGUCCAGUUGCAUCAAUUGACCACUUUGUUCCCGAGGCAUUAGGUUCUGCAGAUCUUGUUGAACAGAUUCCAACGGGAGGAGAUGGAAAAAUUAUUCAGGUUACCGGUGUGCAAAAUCCGGGCCAGGCAGUUUCUGUUUUAAUUCGUGGUUCUAAUAAAUUGGUGUUGGAAGAAGCAGAACGAUCAUUUCAUGAUGCACUUUGCGUUAUACGAUGCUUGGUAAAAAAGAGAGCCCUCCUUCCUGGUGGUGGCGCACCUGAAACGGAGAUAGCAGUGCAGUUGCGUCAACUAGCUCAGGAAAGACCUGGUGCUGAACAGUACUGUUGGAGAGCUUUUGCGGAUGCCCUUGAACAGGUUCCAUAUACAUUAGCCGAAAAUGCUGGCUUGAAUCCGAUAGCUACCGUUACCGAAUUACGCGCUCAGCACGCGAACGGGAAAAAGAAUCAUGGAAUAAAUGUUCGCAAGGGCUAUGUUACUGAUAUCAGAGAGGAAAAUGUAUUGCAACCGCUUUUGGUAUCAUCCUCAGCAGUCAAACAAGCUACUGAAUGUGUCCGCUCUAUUCUCAAAAUUGACGACAUUGUGAUGGCUGUUCGCUAA